UCUCUCUCCCUCCCUCCCUCCCUCCCUCCCUCCGCCCUUUCUCUACCCCUGCCCUGCGUCCCUACAGUUCAGUAUGACUAAGCACGGUGCUCCCAUGGAGUUCGACUAUGAACUAAACUCGCAGUCCUUUCCCUAUAUAAACAGCUUCCACCACGGCUUCAGCUGGCGCUUACCUCUAAUGGCUCCUUCCUCCAAACCCCUCAACCCUUCGGCGCCCCCUUUCCUUCCCACGGCUGCCCAGCCGCCGCCGCCGCCGCCGGCACUCCCUCUCUGGCACUAUGACCCUCAUGAUCUCUACCGUCGAUUCCGAGUUGGUGGGCUCGGGGAGAAGGUGGUGGCCGGGAAGAGUUCAGGAGCUCCAUUCGGUGUCAGGUCGCGAGUCCGGGGGCUUGUUCCGCCCAGGCUUAUGUUCAGGGCGAGACAUGAGCCGGCGCGGCGCGGCCCCGAGAGCAGGAAGAGGUGGGUCCCUAGGGAUUCCAAAAAUUGUGACGACAAUGGGACAGUAACGCUGAUCGAAGAUGCUGCUGCUGAUCAUAAGGGGGACGAGGAUGAUGGAGCCGACAACGCUGAGCCUUCCUGGCUAUGUGGAGUGACAGCCGUUAUGAUGCGUAACAUCCCGAACCUGCUCAAGAGAUGGGAACUGCUCGAAAUCCUCGACGAGCACUGCCGCGAGGCCAAUCGGGGGCACGCCCAGCUGCCGAGGUCCGAAUACGAUUUCGUGUACCUGCCGAUCGACUACGAGAGGAAACUGAACAAGGGGUACGCGUUCGUGAACUUCACGAGCGCGGACGCGGCCGUGCGGAUGGGGCGGGCUUUCCACGGAAUGAAGUGGGAAGGUUUUAAGUUGAAGGAUUCGAUCACUUUCCGGACGAAGAAAGUUUGUGAGAUAUGUCCGGCGGCAACUCAGGGCAAGGCCAAACUGGAAGUGUUGUUCCGGAGCCGGGUGUUCCCGAGCGAAGAGUACCAGCCAUUGGCAGCUGUGGCCGAUCCUCGCGAUGGCGUGAAUGGAGCGCCAUUGCACCCUGUCGGAAAACUUUCCUCCGCAUAGCCCUCUCGGCGAGGUAUGUUUCUCUAGAAUCGAAACGACGCUAAUGGGUGGGAGCGGCUAUAGGAGUCCCCUAGGCGGCUGUACUGUGAUAUUUAGGGUUUCUCAUUACCUGUAAGAAAUUAGGUUUUAUUUUAGAAUUUCUGUAGGUUUUGCCUUAUGGAUGAAAUUGGCUUUGUGUUUUCAAUAUCUCCCCGGAAUUCCCAAAAAAGAAAAAGAAAAAGAAAAAGAAAAAGAAAAGAAAAAUGAUUUGUGUUUGUUUGGGUGUGAAAGUCUGGGGUGAAUUGGAAACAUGGGGGUUUUCAAAGGUUUGAAGGUGUGAUGAUGUAUGAGGUGUUGGAACGAUUAAAUGGCUGUUGUUUGUUGUUGCCUAUAUAUCCCGAUAUGAAUGUAAAAUCGACUCGUCAAUUAGAAGUAUGAGCUG